GCUCACAUCUCUUCUUCUACUCCCACCCUACUUCCUAACCAACGCUUUCUCUCUCAAAUUCUCUCCCAUUUUCGGACUGAAAUCGCCAUUGAAAUGAAGCUUCUUCUGCUCCUCUUUCUCCUUCUUCACCUUCAUACCCAUCUCUCCCAUUCUUCUCACUUGCCUGAAUUUCGUGCUCUUCUAUCUCUCAAAACCUCCCUCUCCGAUGACUCUCACUCGCCGCUUUCCAACUGGGAUCCUGCUACGCCCCACUGUACUUGGACUGGAGUCGUCUGCGAUUUCCGCCGCCAUGUCGUCGGCCUUGACCUUGCCGGAUUGAAUCUCUCCGGCACUCUUUCUCCUGACCUGGGUAGUCUUCGGUUUCUCGCGAAUCUAUCUCUUGCUGCUAAUCAGAUUUCCGGCCCCAUUCCGCCGGAGAUCUCUGCUAUCUCUCCGCUUAAAUACCUUAACCUCUCGAACAAUCUGAUUAAUGGCACAUUUCCUUUGCAACUCUCCUUGCUUAAGAAUCUGGAGGUUCUUGAUUUGUAUAACAAUAAUAUGUCUGGGAACUUGCCGCUUGUGGUCAUUGAGUUGCCGAAUCUUCGCCAUUUGCAUCUCGGUGGGAACUUCUUCUCCGGUGUGAUUCCGCCGGAGUAUGGAACCUGGCAGUUCAUGGAGUACUUGGCUGUUUCUGGAAAUGAGCUUCAAGGUCCGAUUCCGCCGGAGAUUGGUAAUUUAACGAGGCUUCGUGAACUUUACAUUGGGUAUUACAAUACCUACGAUGGCGGUUUGCCGCCGGAGAUCGGAAACUUAUCGGAGCUGGUUCGAUUGGAUGCGGCAAACUGUGGGUUAAUGGGUGAGAUUCCUCGCGAACUUGGAAAACUUCGGAAAUUGGAUACUCUGUUUCUUCAGGUGAAUGGGUUUUCUGGGCCUUUGAUUCCAGAGCUUGGGAGCUUAACCGAGUUGAAAUCCAUGGAUUUGUCUAACAACAUUCUUGUUGGGGAGAUUCCGGACUCGUUCUCUCAACUCAAGAACUUGACGCUUUUGCAUCUGUUCAGGAAUAAGCUUCAUGGAGCUAUUCCACAGUUCAUCGGUGAGUUAACGGAGCUGGAAGUGUUGCAGUUGUGGGAAAAUAACUUCACCGGCUCUAUUCCUUAUAAUUUGGGGAAGAAUGGCAAGCUUGUUGUUCUUGACAUUUCGUCGAACAAGUUGACUGGAACUUUACCUCCCGAUAUGUGCCAUGGAAACCGGCUUCAAACUCUGAUUACCCUCGGGAAUUUCUUGUUCGGUCCAAUCCCUGAAUCUCUCGGUCGAUGCGAAUCAUUGAGCCGUAUUCGAAUGGGGGAAAAUUUUCUCAAUGGUUCGAUUCCGAAGGGUCUGUUCAGUCUGCCAAAUCUUUCCCAAGUUGAGUUGCAGAACAAUUUCCUCACCGGAGAGUUUCCGGUCACUGAUUCUGUCUCAGCGAAUCUCGGCCAAAUUAGUCUCUCAAACAAUCGCCUCUCGGGAUCCCUUCCACCGAUGGUUGGAAAUUUCUCCGGUGUCCAGAAGCUUCUACUCGAUGGGAAUAAAUUCUCCGGCCAAAUCCCACCUGAAAUCGGACGAUUACAGCAGUUAUCAAAGAUCGAUUUCAGCCACAACAAAUUCUCCGGCCAAAUCGCCCCUGAAAUCAGCCAAUGUAAGCUCUUAACCUUCGUCGAUCUCAGUCGCAACGAACUCUCCGGUGAGAUUCCGAAUGAAAUCACCACAAUGAGAAUAUUGAACUAUCUGAAUCUCUCAAGAAAUCACUUAAUCGGAAGCGUCCCUGCUUCAAUAUCCUCAAUGCAGAGCUUAACAUCCGUUGAUUUUUCAUAUAACAAUCUCUCCGGUUUAGUUCCGGGCACCGGCCAGUUUAGCUACUUCAACUACACCUCAUUCCUAGGCAACCCAGAUCUCUGCGGUCCAUACUUAGGACCUUGCAGAAAUGGCGUCGACAAUGGCACUCACCCCCCUCAUUUAAAACCCUCACUCUCUGCCUCUGUUAAGCUUCUGCUCGUCAUCGUCUUACUCGUCUGCUCCAUCGCCUUCGCAAUCGCAGCAAUCAUCAAAGCUAGAUCGCUAAAACGAGCGAGCGGCUCUCGAGCUUGGAAACUAACCGCAUUCCAAAGACUAGAUUUCACAGUCGAUGACAUUUUGAACUCCUUGAAAGAAGACAACAUAAUCGGAAAAGGAGGCGCAGGGAUUGUUUACAAAGGUUUUAUGCCGAGCGGUGAUCAUGUCGCCGUGAAAAGGCUUCCGGCAAUGAGCCGUGGGUCGUCCCAUGAUCAUGGAUUCAACGCUGAGAUACAGACUCUGGGGAGAAUUAAACAUCGCCACAUCGUUAGAUUAUUGGGUUUCUGUUCAAAUCACGAAACCAAUCUUCUGGUUUAUGAAUACAUGCCUAAUGGGAGUUUAGGGGAAGUUCUUCACGGUAAGAAGGGCGGCCAUUUGCAGUGGGACACAAGGUAUAAAAUCGCCAUUGAAGCUGCUAAAGGUCUAUGCUAUUUACAUCAUGACUGUUCGCCAUUGAUUGUUCAUCGAGAUGUGAAAUCAAACAACAUUCUUCUGGAUUCUGAUUACGAAGCUCAUGUUGCUGAUUUUGGGCUUGCCAAGUUUCUUCAGGAUUCAGGUACAUCAGAGUGUAUGUCCGCCAUAGCUGGUUCUUACGGAUACAUAGCUCCAGAAUACGCUUAUACACUACGAGUGGACGAGAAGAGCGAUGUUUAUAGCUUUGGAGUAGUACUUUUAGAAUUGGUGAGCGGGCGAAAGCCCGUCGGGGAAUUCGGUGACGGGGUCGACAUAGUUCAAUGGGUUAGAAAAAUGACGAGCCCCAACAACGAAGGGGUGGUGAAAAUCAUCGAUCCACGGCUGUCGUCGGUGCCGCUGAAUGAAGUGAGUCAUAUGUUCUAUGUAGCAAUGCUGUGUGUGGAAGAGCAGGCAGUGGAGAGGCCAACAAUGAGAGAAGUAGUUCAAAUCCUGACAGAGCUGUCGAGGGCACCAAGCUGUAAAGAAGGCGAAGCAACAUCGGCAAUGUCACCACCUGGAACAACGGUGGCGUUGGAUUCACCAAAGAAAACAACACAGCCACCGCCUGAUCUUCUGAGCAUUUGAAAAUUAUAGUACGGAGUUUGUGUACAGUUUAGGGAGAUGGGAUUGGGGAUUGUGGUGGCGGUGGUGGCGUGGUGGUGGUGAGAGUGAGAUGGGUGUCAGUCAUGUCAUUCACCAUCAUCAUCAUUUAGUGGAACAGUAGAGUUAGAGUAGCAAUAGAGAGGUCAGUGUUAAUGGUGCUCUCUGGUUUUUAGUGUGUUAGUAGUAAUGGAAACAGUGUGUUGUUAUGUCAAGGAGGAAGAAGAAGAUGAUGCCCUUUAUAUGGAUCAAUCAGCCAUUUUUCAAGCUUAAUAUAGUCUCUAUUCUUUUCUGUUUC